AUGAAGGAUGCUGGAAGAAUCUCGAUGGUGGCCACGAAGAAGAAGGCAUCGGCGGCUCCAAUGAAAGAGGAGACGGUGUCUCCAAUGGGGAGAGAGAGACAGAUGGAUCGGGGAAGGAAGGAUAUGACAGUUUGUAGUGCAUUCCCCUUCAAAUUCCUAGAAACCGUCAAGGUUGUGGUUGUUCUUGUUUCCGGUGAAGGUUGA